CGGAGAAAACAUUUGGACUCUCUUGUUGGACAAGGAGGAAGAAGAGGAGGAGGAGGAGGAGGAGGUGUCUUGUCUGCCCCGUGCAUUCUCUCUCGCUCGCUCUUUCUCUGCCUCGCUCUUUCUUUCUCUCUCUCCAUCAGCGAGUCUCCCGCCACAGGAGCCAAGAGUUGCCGUUCCGAGCGCCGAUGCCAAAACGCACACAAGGAGCCGGUGCCAAAGGGCCAUUUUUUUUUCUCCCCUGAACGCACCACUACCACCACCAGCAGCAGCAGCAGCGAAAAAGAAGAGGACGGUGCUUGCGGCAAGGAUCCUAAAUUUACACUGACAAGAAAGACGCGUCGCAAAACGCAGGAUUUUGCAGCUUUCUGUUUUGCUUUCGGCAUUGUGGGUUCUCACUCCUUUCCACCCCCCUCCGCCCCCCGCCCCCCUUGCUGCGCGCGCCCAGGUGUUUUUUGUUUGCCUCCGAAAGAAGGGACAGCGUGCAGCGUGCAUCCUUCUCGCCCCCCCACCCCUAAACUUGUGCGGCAAUUAUCGAGGAAGAAAAGCAGAUCAAAUCCAAUUCACAUUUAAAGAAAAAAAAGGAGGAGUAAGUUGUCCGCGCUCCAGCCGAGAGCCACCAGCGGACCGACAAGACGGUCCGAGCCGACUCCAAGUGCCGUUCACCGGGCGAUGCCAGAGUAAAUGCCGGGGCGAUGUCCCGCCGCAAGCAGGUGAACCCGCAGCACUUGUCGUUGAGCCACCGGGAGACGGCACCAGCCGACGCCAAUGAUGCAACGGCGAGAUCCCCGUCGCCGGGCCCCGCCGCCUCCCUCCGGGGCCCCGAGGAGCACGACCUGCUGACGUGCGGCCAGUGCCAGACCAACUUCCCUCUGGGGGACAUCCUGGUCUUCAUCGAGCACAAACGCCGCCUAUGCCGCGGGCCGCCGCAGGGCGCGCCGGGCUCCUUCUCCGUCAAGCCCGGUGAGGCAGGCGGCGCCGCUAGCAUCCCCAUCUCCCCGCGGGGCCACGCCCUGGAGAUGGGAAGGGGGCCUCCUCUAAUGCCCGUUGAGGUGGGCGUGCAGGUGACGCCUGGCAGGGACGAGGAUGCCCACAGAAGGCUGACUCCGGCCAAAGGGAUCUGCCCCAAACAGGAGAAAGGAGACAAAGACGAGCCAUCCAGCUACAUCUGCACUAGCUGCAAGCAGACCUUCACCAGCGCCUGGUUCCUGCUCCAGCACGCCCAGCACACUCACGGAAUCCGCAUCUACCUGGACAACCAGCUGACCAACUGCUCGCUGACCCCGCGCAUGGCUCUGCCGCCCCCGCCGGGCGCCGACGCCCUCCCCCGCUCGCCGCUGCCCACCUUCCUGGGCGACACCAACAACCCCUUCCACCUCCUGCGUAUGGCCGCGCCCUUGCUCAGGGAACACCCCCCGCCGCCGGGUUUCAUGGAGACCCGGCUGCCGGCCACGCCGCCCUUUGUGAGCCCGCCGCCCCCCCCCAGACCCCCACUGGAGCGGCUGGGUCCAGAAGAGAUGGGGCUGCUCUCCCAGCAUCCCAGUGCCUUCGAGCGGGUGAUGCGCCUGACGCCCAUGGAGCCCCCGUCCAUGGACUUCUCUCGGCGUCUGAGGGAGCUGGCGGGCAACACCAACAACAACGGAGGGCCCACGCCCCCCCUGUCGCCCAACCGCGUCCCCCCCAUGCACCGCCUGCUCAGUCCCACGCUCUUCCAGCCGGGCUCCAAGCCGCCGGCCUUUCUCACCUACAACCCGCAGCCGCCCGCCCCGCAGGGCGGACGCGGUUCCUCCAGUCCCCCGGACACGCAGGGUCAGAACCAGUCGGCGGGGAAAUCCAAAUCCUGCGAGUUCUGCGGCAAGAUUUUCAAGUUCCAGAGCAACCUGAUCGUGCACCGCCGCAGCCACACCGGAGAGAGGCCGUACAAAUGCCACCUGUGCGACCACGCCUGCUCCCAAGCCAGCAAGCUCAAGAGGCACAUGAAGACGCACAUGCACAACAAGUCCGGCUCGGUGGGCGGAUCCCCCGAGGCGGAAAACCGAGGGGACGGAGCGGAGGGCGAAGACAAGCUCCGGGAGGCCGACGGAAGGGUCGCGGGGAUGGACAAUGAGGAGGAGGAGGAAGAGGAGGAGGAGGAAGAGGAGGAAGAAGAGGAGGAGGAAGAGCUGAGGAACGGCAGUCGGCCGGAUUCCAACCUAAGCGAGGACUCUCAAGAGUUCAACCCCAACCGGGAAAACGGGCCCAGGCAGUCUCCAGAGGAGAAGCGGGUCGGCGAGAGCGGCGGCGUGGGCAUCAUGCACCCGUACAACCACCUGGACAAUCAUCUCAGACUCAACCCCAACAAGAGGAGCCUCGAGAGGCAGCCCAACGGCGACGGCCCCGACGGGGGCGAGCCGGACCCGGAGGGCCGCGGCGACAGGGAGCAGAGCCGGGGGCCGGACGAGCCGGAGCCCAGGCCCGCCAUGAACGGCGGGAUGGGCGCGUCCGAAGCCGAGUCCUUCCCGGGCCUCUUCCGGCGCCGACCCACGCCCAUCACCAUCCCGAGCCCUUCCAACAACAACAAGAGGAUCAAGAUCGAGCGGGAGCAGUUGGAACUGCCGCCCGCCCUCCCGCUCAUCUCGCCGGAGAACGUCUACUCGCAGCUCCUGGCCGGCUACGCCGCCUCGCGCCACUUCAUCCGGGAGCCCUUCCUGGGCUUUACCGACUCACGCCAAUCGCCCUUCGCCACCUCUUCGGAGCACUCCUCCUCCGAGACGGGCAGCCUGCGUUUCUCCACGCCGCCGGGGGAGCUGAUGGAAGGCGGCAGCGCCUCGGGCCGAAGCGGCAGCAGCACGCCGCACCUCCUGCGGGGGCCGGGACCCGGCCGGCCGCCCAGCUCCAAGGACCGGCGCAAUGACACGUGCGAGUAUUGCGGCAAGGUGUUCAAGAACUGCAGCAACCUGACGGUGCACCGACGCAGCCACACGGGCGAGAGGCCCUACAAGUGCGACCUGUGCAGCUACGCCUGCGCCCAGAGCUCCAAGCUGACGCGCCACAUGAAGACGCACGGCCAGUUCGGCAAGGAGGUGUACCGCUGCGACAUCUGCCACAUGCCCUUCAGCGUCUACAGUACGCUGGAGAAACACAUGAAGAAGUGGCACGGCGAACAUUUGAUGGCCAGCGAGGUCAAACUGGAGCAAGCCGAGCGAAGCUAAGCGUCACGCCAACGCAAACGCAUCCACGAGCGCGCAACUCAUCCGCCCCGACCAUCCGCAAAUGUCCAACGGAGGCGACCGGACUUCCCCGCGCGCUGUUCAAUGCGUUUCACAAUUUAGUCCGGCGGGGUUUCUUCCAUUCUCGACAGAAUCUCGCUCCUUUGCCCAAACCCCCCCCGUUUCGAAUUUCAGGACGCUUUUUGGAGUAAAAGUUGAAAUAUCUUGGACAGCUAAGAGGGGGAUCCGGUUGCCUCGAAUCGACUUUUGCGGAUGACCUUUGACCCGGAUGACUGAGAGCCUCCACAGACAUCUUUCCUAUGACUACUUUGAACAAGGGGCAUGGCUGGAUAAUCUCUCUUAGGUUGAAAAAAAAAAACCCAAGACUGAUCGGUGUUUCUUCUUUUUUUUUUAAUUUGAUUAUUUCUCUUGUCGCCUGAGAAUAUUAAAACUUUCAACCUAGUCCGGACACCUCUAAGGAUUUUAGGAAUUCCACGGAGCCUUUCUACUGUGCAAUAAUUUGUGUAUUUAUUGGAUUUUUUUUUCUUUUUGGUAAAAUUUGGCAUGUGCAGAUACAUCUUGUGUGCGUUUCUUUUUUUUUUUACGUGCUCAAAUUGUUUUUAAUGAUUUAAAAAAAAAAGUUUAAUUUCUAAUUGGAAAUAAGUCGCCCUUCGGAACAAUGAUAAUAAUCCAGUUUUGUCCUCUAAGGAAAGUUAUUAUCAUGCGAGUGAGUAAAUGAUGUUUUCUAUAUGCCAAGUGCAGCAGCGGACUACAAUCUCGCCCCCUCCGCCCCAGCCCCGCUCCUCUCCAGCACUGUUCAAUGUCAGCCUGCCAAUAAUUGAUUUUUGAAAAAUUAAUUUAUAGAGGGACAAGGCGCACUGAAAUACAAGCAAACACAGUUGCUGUGUUUGCUGUCGACCAGGACGUAAAACAAACGGAAAAAAAAAAAAAAAACAGGUUGCACUUAAUGCUUUCGCCCAUGUAGGAUUGAACCACCAUAUUUAAUAUGUCUGCUUGUUAAGUUAAGACUACUUGUGAUUCACGUGAGAGGGGAACAGUCCCGUUUAUGUAAAUAUAUUACUUUUUUCUGUUAGUUAAAAGAAACAAAAGAAAAAAAAAAAGAAAAUAUGCGCCCCAACUGUUUUCCGAAAAGAGGCAGCCUAAAAACAAUCAAGAAGACCAGCUGCUUGCGUCGCCAUUGUAUGUGUGUGUGUGUGUGUGUGUGGAUGCAUAUAUGGGAGUUGCCUCAGGCCCCUCCCACCUCCCCCCACCUUCAGGCGCAGGUCAAAUUUAGUUAUUUUAAAUACUUUGACCGGGGGGAAAUAGUUUCAGUGACUCAUUUUAUAUAUUUGCAAUUAAAUUAAUUCCAGUUAAACGUUCGCGACACCAUUUUGGGAUAUGUAGAGAAAAACGCGUCCGAUUGAUUUGUUUUAGUAAGUGUCAGGCAAAUCCAACCCCCCGCCCCCCAACUCCUGUCACUUUGUGGAAACAUUCACAGAUGCCGGGUUAAAUCGAACCAUUUUCAUCAACCGUUAAAAGCGACUGUUCGGUUUCAAACUUCUGCUUCGCUUCAGUGUCCUCGACGAUGACAAUUGGUCAUUUCACCCCAAAACUAAAGCGUUAGUGACAAAUUGACCCACUUGAAAUUGUUGCAAGUCGUUUCCCUAACACAAUGAAAGGAUUACGAAUACUAAAAAUAUAUAGAUAUAAAAUAAAUUAUUUCACAUAAUUUGCACACGACCCCCCCACCCCCAAGUCAAACUGACCCAUACAUAUUUUAAUCUCGGUUGCUGACAAUGUAAAGUAACAGGAGCCACUGCGUGAAAACGAACAGAGGGCACAGCCAAAUAACCACAAAAACAAUCAAAGAUUGUGAUAAUAUUGAGCACAUUUGGCUGCGUGACCUAGAACGAUCCCCCCACCCCCCGCUAUUGUCAAAAUGAAAGGCAGGAGGAUGAAGAAGUGUGAGCGGCAUUGGCGGCGGGACCUUGACCAGGCACACACACAAGAGUCAUUCAAAUCAAAUUGGAAGCAUAUGAAAUGUGUUUUUUUUUCUUUUGGGGGGGGCAGGGGGGGGGUAGAGGCUGGGGAACGGGCCGCGUCUUCUUUUCGGGAGGGAGGGAAGACAGCGAAAGCCACAUGAAAGUGGCGCACGCCAUAUUUCAUUAAGAAUAAAUAAAUAAAUAAGGAAAUGUCCUCGUCUUCAUUUGUGUUCCAACAGGGGGGGGGAGGAAAAAAAUUUUUUAAAAAUGUAAAUCCCUGAAUUUUGAUCAGGAAUUAACACGAUAACGUUUACAAAAGUAGGCCAUACAUGAAAUGUACUUGCUUCAUGCAAAUAAGUAUUGUUUCCUCCCGGUUUUUUUGUUGUUGUUUUUUUUGUUGUUGUUGUAUGCUGGUGGAGGGAUUUGAAAAGUUACACAGUCAUGCCAGAGUGAGGUGCCAUGUUUUGUUUUUAAAAGGGGAGAAGAAAAAAAUAAAAAUAAAAGGGACUUGCAGGGACACUUUUCCACCUACUGAGACAUUUUUAUUUUAGGUUUUGUAAGAGCAAGUGUGUGUGUGUGCGUGUGUGUGAGUGUGUCCUCAUGGUUGCUUGAAGGUCUUGUGAUGACACAAUUUGAGAGAAAGAGAGAUAUGAGGAAAAAAAAAAAAGAGACCCUGAUUUCACUUUUCACAACUUCCACUUUGGCUCUUUGUACAAAUUGACUUUUUUUUUUUGUCCUUGUUGCUUUUUAUUUCCGGUGGGAACGGGAAGGGAGGGCGGGCAAGGGAAUGGUAGGGGGGUUGGGGGGUGUGGGGGGGGGGAGUGCAUUGUUGUGCAGGAAAAAAAAAACAAAAUUAAAAAAAAAAACCCAAACAAAAAAAAAAGUCAUCUCAGAACACCUGCUGUUUUGAGCAUAUAUGUAUUUUUGUAAUGUGUUGAAAAAUCAAUACAAGAAAGCCAACACUUCAAUAAAUGUUGCAAUUGCUCUAUGAUUGAA